CACAGAAGAAGAAGAAGGAAGAGGAGAUAUCCAUCGAGCCAAACAAUGGAUUUUAUGUGAUCAGUUUACUAUUCGUUAUGGAUUUUGGAUAUUGGAAAACCCCGUUAAUCUCAUUUUUGUUCGUACUGAUUUUUCACAGCGCAUGGUCGACUAAUCUGUCAGCACCAAAACUUAAAGAAGUCAGUUCAUCAGUGUUGUCAUGGGAACCUUCGAAAGUCAACAACGUGACGUAUACUGUUCAGUACAGAGCGGAUCCUGGGCAAGAGUGGCACUACUUGUGUGGAUGUAAUCAGCCGCAGUUCAGCUUUGCAGAUGGAGAUUUCUAUGGAAAGAUAUUUCGCGUUCGAGCAGAGAGAGGAAACCAAACUACAGUUUGGCAGGAGUCAGUUAAGAUCCAGUGCAGACACACUGAUGCAUGUGCUCCCCUACUCAACCUGACAAUAAAGAACUACAAGGUGCUUCUGUGGAUGGACGAUAAAGACGAGACCCUGAAGAAGGAGUUUGGAGGCCACAUCACCUUCAGAGCUUUGUACUGGAAAGAAACAAGUGCCUCUGAUAAACAGGAGCUUGAUGCGAGUGGCAAGACCCUGCUAAUAGAGGAACUUGAGGCAGGACAGAAAUACUGCUUUAAUGUUGUGUAUGUGGUUUAUAAUAAGCCCUAUGGAAGUCCCAGCCGUGUGCUAUGUGAAGUCAUCCCUGAAACACCUACAGUGCAAAACCUUCGGAUUAUCAUAUCGGGCGUGCUAAUAAAUGCGGGAUUGAUGGUUUUUGGAUGUUGCUUAUACUUUGUUUACAAGAAUUAUAAGAGAAUAAAGACAUUUCUUCAGCCACCUCUGGAUAUUCCUGAGCACAUUGAAGAGUUUUUUUCCGGAGAGUUCCCUCACCACGAAUUUGUUUGUAUCGGCAGCGAAGAACUAGAAUCGAAUGGCCUUAUAACUUUAGUUCCGGAACAGAUCAGAGAAGAGGAAGAGGGCGGAAGUGAUGGAAGGGAAAAUUCAAUCUCUCCUGACAUUGCGAAGUAGAGUGUAUGGUUUUCCAGAAGAGCUGAAAUGUUGUCUCUCUUCACAUGUUUUUAAUACUUUAUAUUUUAGUACAGUAUUGUUUCACUAUUGUAUUUUUGCACUUCUGGCUAAUUUACCAGUUAAUUAACUGUUUUUUAUCUGUAGCCCUGAAUAGUUGAUGAUUUAAUUGUUGCUCAUUUCAUUUUAUCAGUAAAAUAUAAGACUUAGGUUGGAUGCCUUGAAACAAACCACCUCUUUGCAUAUGUUUGCCAGCCAGCCUCCAAAUUCUGGUUUGAAGGCUUGUGACUGUGUUCUAAGGGAAUAAUCCAACUUAACCUAGUUGGGUUAUGUGUAAAAUGUUGUUAUUUUUAUUUGGAGCAUGAGGUAAACAAAAGUGAUUUGAGGAGUUAAAAAUGGAAUGCUUCAACAUCUGUAGUUUUACACUGUCAAUUACUUGCAGUUUGUUACAAGCUGAUUUUGAAAAGUGUGGCAGAAUUAUGUUGAAAGGUGUGGUAGAAUUAUGUUGAAAGGUGAGUGUUCCUAUUAUUAGAAUUUUAAAGUGGUGUCUUUUUUUUUGUAAAACAUUGUAAAAAAAAAAAAAAAAAAAAAAAAAAGUAAAAAUAUAUUUGGGAGGAAAAUAGGUAAAUUGGAGGUAUACAAAAGUGGCAAAUUGGACCUGACUGGGCUAAAUUACCUAAAACACCUUCAUUAGAAGAUCAUAGUUUUUCUUUGAGAAUUGAGGCUUUUAAAGGAAGAAAUCUUUGUUUCAGCUGUAGUAGCUUGCAACAGGAUAGCUAAAAGAGCUAAAUUUCUGUUUUAACUUCUCUUUCUCCUCUCCCACAUUAUAUGGAACAUGCUAUCGUUCAAUUGUAUUUGUAGAAUGUGGUUUUUCCUAGCAAUCAAUUUAGCACUCACAGGUGUCUAGUGGCAUUUUUUUCCAUGUGUAUACCGGGUGUGCGGUAUAGUUACAAACAAUUUAUUUUAAAGCUGUUUUCACUACCAAGUAAAUUGUGCUGUACCAGAGUAUGAAUGUGGUUACUCAUCUUACAGUACUUGGUGUGCCCAGCUGGAAUGUAUGGGUGGACCUAGAAACCUAGGAAAAUUUUGUACAGUGUAACUGAAUUCAGAUAAGCAAACAUACUGUGUCGUAUAUAACAUUGUCCAGUGGAAAACGCCUUGCAUAGUAAUCCAAGGACUUGUCUAAACAGUUUGCAUUGGCUAAUGUUUCUUACCUUCUUUUGGUUUCUUUUGAUACGAUUUAAUGCAUUGGAUACAUUUCAUGCAGUGCUUCCUGUAACAGCUAGCUAUUAUACUGCUUUAAACACUAAAGAGUAAGGGUAAGGUUUGCAUCAUUAUUUUCAAACCAGUGAGUGAGUCCUGAAAACCCCUUUCAGUACAUUUGGGAGCAUACAGAUAUACAGAUCAAGUACAGAUUAUUCUAAUCAAAACAACUAAAAUCAAUAGUUGCCUCUCACAGCUUAUUAAUUAUUUUAACAAUACAGCCUUAAUGGAGUGUGUCGUGGAAGUACUAGAGGAACAAUACAGGUUUCCUGGAGAGCUUUAUCUGGGAACAGUUUAUAGAGAGGGUAUUGUUUUUUUUUUUUGUUUUUUUUUUAAUUAUUCUUUGAAUUUAUAUAUUUUUCAGCUGGAAGACCAUAGAGCCUUACAUGCUUACAAGUAGAUCAACAAUAUGAAUAUACCUUUGAGGUAAUGUGAAUGUAGUAAUUUGUGCAUCUAAUGACAUCAGCAAAUGUUUGUUUACAAGAAUCAUAGUUCAAUUUAAAUAGUAGAUUGGAUUUAUAUAUAGAUUUACCUGUAUAAUAGUAAUCGAUGCUGGUAUAUGUCUUCAGAAUGUUUGAGGGAGUGCUUUUUGACUCGGGUUCAGUCUGUUUACAAGUUAAUGUUGAUGUUAAAUGUAAAGAUAUAAUGAUUAGCUUAUAUUUGUGAGUUCAACUAAUGUAAUUUAAUUAAUGAUUGAAUUCAAGUUUCGAGUUUAUGUAGAAAAAAAGCUUUACUUUUUGUUGUACAGUAAAUGAUGAAUCUUGUUAUUUAAAUAUUACUUGAGUAAAAUUGACUAGUAAUGGUCUACUGUACAAUUUCACUACCAGUAUCAAAACAAAACUGAAUAUAAGUGAUUUGAAUUUUUAUAGAAGGUACACCAUUUUGACCAAAUUGCAGUAGAAAUGUCUUUUCUUGUAUGUAACAUUGCCAAAAAAGGAUUUUUUUUGUCAAAGUUUGUCAAAGCAGUGACUGGUCUAAAGUACAGUAAUAGUUCCUUUUGGUUUACUUAUCAGUGUUAUUGGUGUAAUGAUUAAUUAUUAAAUAAAUACUGCUCUCAUUAAACCUCCAUGUCAUUAAAC